UCCUCCUACGCAAUUGAACUUUGCACUUUAGUUGUCUGCAAAUUUGACUUUGACGCCAUCCAAAGCUGCAUUCGCCUCCGAUAUUAGUGCAAGGCACCACGCCCAGCAGGAUACAGUUCCUUCUGACGCAUCCAGAGUCCCGACAACACCUCUUCUCCCUGCAGAACGACAAGCAAUGACUACAGAUACAGUCAUUGAGGAGCUUGCUUUUUCUAACCCGAACCAAUCUAAUCAUAAUACUAGCGUCCCUCCUAGCCCGCCCUUAUCAGCGCAAAAACGGGAAGAAGGGGAUAAUGACAAGACAGCCAUCCUUCCUUCUCAGUCGCCGUCGAUGCUUGCCUCGCUGGACAGCCAAACAAUCACUACCCAAGUCUUCGAUUCAGAGAAAGAGAAGGAAACGACAAUAUUUGUCGACUCUCUACAGUCUAUUGACCGCUCUGCAGUUGUAGAUGAUGUACAUGAUAGCUCAAUCAGCAAGCAUCUUUCGAUUAAAAACAGUAGCCAUGGAGAUACUGAGAAUGAUGAGCAAAAUUGUUCCAUCAUUCCUGCAGCAUAUUCUGAAAAAAAUGGGCAUGAAGUCAGCUAUUUUGUGCAACAUCAGGAUGGAUCACUUGUGGAGCAGCAAUCUUACAGUUCAGUUACAUCGAUGGACCAUGAUCUCAACGUGAACGAUGCUAUUUACCUCAACUCGACAACAGAAUUUAUCCCUGUGGAUGAUCAGGACGAACAAGUUUAUCUUGAGCAAUAUUCAGAAGAGGGUGACGAUAUCCCAGUGCUUCAAUACAAAGUAACGAAACUGCAAAAGCAGGUUCGAGAAAUGCGCAAGUUCAUGAGAGGACUUGUUCAGCUGCAAAUUGAGCAAUAUGAGCCAGCAACAAUUUUGAUUCAGGCAUGGUGGAGAGGAUGUUUGGUUCGAAGAGAGCUUAAGAAACAGCGAGCUUUUUCAUGGCAUAGGAAUCCAAAACGAUCAGUCAAGCCAUUGAAAUACUUGACGAAAGCAGAGCUUUAUCAGAGCUGUGAGAGAAUCAGUGCACCAAAGGCAUCGUUACUGGUCACGGAAGACCUCGGAGCUCAGAAAGAUACAAUUGCAGCGAUCAAGCUUCAGGCGGUUUUCAGAAGCUAUUUAGUCAGGAGAAGAGUUCAUGCCUAUCGAGAAGGCAUGAGGGCUGCUACCAUUAUUCAAGCAAGAUGGCGAGGAUAUAGAACGCGGAAUCUAGAUACCCGCCUGGGUGUGGAGCAGCUUCGUUUCAGGAAUUUGAAAGUCCAAAAGGCAUUUGGACGAGUUUCGAUUAAACUACAGUAUCUUCAGGGUCGAAUUCUCGCAUUGGAGGAGAAUAGCUUACCACUACACGAGGCUCAGGAGCUAAUUCAUAAGGAAAUUGAAGAGAUGGGAGAUCAAAUUGACAACUUAAAACAGGAGCUUGACCAAGGGUUGAAGCAAUUAGAUGAGCAGGUCUCUGAGGAAAAGGAACAGACAACCAUUGAGAUACGCACUCUGACUGAAAGGAUUCAGAAAUUAGAAGAAGAACUUAAGUCCAUUCGCAACUCGAACACAAGUAUUGAGAAGCAAGUCAAGUCUCUGACACUCGAGCUACCAGCAAAUGCGCAUACAGAUACAGGAAAGAGCGAUCAGGAAGAUGAAGACUAUGAGGUCCAAUAUGAUGAAGAUGGCAAUCGGAUUGAAAAGCCACCGAAGAAGAGCACAAAAAGGGCGAGCUUUCAUGAACAGCUCCACGAUCAUACUGUAGCUGGUUCACGCAGGACAAGCACCACUCGACCCAUUAUGGAUACCACAGUUAGUGGCAGUCCAACACAAAUAGUUGGGUCCCCAGUGCCUAUGCAGCAACCAUCUCACAGAGGAAGUAUCGGUAGCGUUCAUAGUCAGGGACACGCACGAACACACUCUUUAACUUCGCAACCACCACCGUCUCCCGGUCAAACGUUCCCUAGAGCCUUUCCUGCAUCAUACUCACCCACCAUUAGCAACGCGGCUGUAUCAAGCGAUACCGGAGCAUUUACGAAUGGAAUAAGGUCACACUCUAUUCCUUAUCCUGGAACCAGCAAUAACAGCAACAAUUCACCACGAUCAUUAACGAUAGAUCCCAAUCAACUGUUCCGGUUUCACCCAGCAGCAAACCAAUUUAUACCACUUUCUCCAUCAUCAUCGUCAGCUACAGCGGCAGCAGCAGGGGUUGCAGGGGGUUUUCCAGGAAUGGCUCUGCCUGAUCCAAAGAAAUAUGUAUCGGUAGAUGAUUUUGAAUACAUGCAGGCAGAAGUUGAUACUCUGCGCCUGAACAAUGAUCGUUUGGAAGGCAUUGUUCUCGACCUAACAAUGCGCCUGAACACCCUCGCAGCAAAUAUGGGUCAAUUCUACCCUGGAUGAAAAAUUAAAUAAAACACAAUUCGUUUUUUUUUU